CGCGCUGAUCACGUGACGGGGCGGCUCCGACGUCAGCCGGCGCUCGGUCAGUCACUGCGCCCACUCGGCCAGCCGCGCCGCCUGGCCUCUUCCAAGAUGGCGUUUACAUUCGCGGCCUUUUGUUAUAUGUUGGCGUUGCUGCUCACUGCCGCGCUCAUAUUCUUCGCAAUUUGGCAUAUUAUAGCAUUUGACGAAUUGAAGACUGACUACAAGAAUCCUAUAGACCAAUGUAAUACACUCAAUCCUCUGGUACUUCCCGAGUAUCUCAUCCAUGCCUUCUUCUGUGUCAUGUUUCUCUGUGCAUCUGAAUGGAUUACACUUGCUCUCAAUAUGCCAUUGCUGGGCUAUCAUAUUUGGAGGUACAUGACAAGGCCCGUGAUGAGUGUUCCAGGUCUCUAUGAUCCAACCACUAUUAUGAAUGCUGAUAUACUAGCAUACUGCCAGAAGGAAGGGUGGUGCAAGCUAGCAUUUUACCUCUUAUCCUUUUUUUACUACCUGUAUGGAAUGAUCUAUGUGCUGGUGAGUUCUUAAAUACAGUUCUGAGAUUCAAUGAAGUUAUGCACUCCACGAAGGAAACAAAAGGAUGAUGGUGGUUUUCCGAGAACGGGUUCGUCAGCGUAACUUAUAACUCAACAGAUAUGACGUGCUUAAAAAUAUACAAAUUGAUUGCUUUCCCUCACUUUCCAUGGACUUUUGUCCCCCAAAGUUUAUAAUUUUUUGCCUGUGCAGGAUUUCUUUAAUUUUGCCUUGGCCCAAAAAUCUGAAUUAUGUUUGAAUGUGUAUGAAAAUCAAUAAUUGCAAGAUUAUAUUUUCAGCAUAAAAUUGAAAUUGCACUCUUAUGUGAUGUAACUUAAAAUAACCUGGAUAUAUACUGUAAUACAGAAUUAUGUAACUAGGCCAAAAUGUUUGAAAAAUGUGACCAGUUCAAACAGAUAACUACGUUGAAUAUCCAAUUAUUCUGUUUGAAUAGUUAAAUCUCAUAGCAUACCAGCUUAUGGUUUCGUGACUUUAGCUUUUAGUUCUUCACACUGUCAACAGAAUUUAUUUUAAAAUGGCUUGAUAUUGUACUCACAAGGGCAAUGAUAGGUAUAACCAAUUACAGUCAAUUUGCAUGGAAAAGGAUCGAUUUAUGUAAAAACUUUAAUUUGAAAAUUCUGUAAAAUGUCAUUUUAAGUAAAGGUUUUUUUCUUUUGGACAUGGUGUUCAGCCGUUUUCACUCCAGUGGCAGUGCCAAAAUCAUUGAUUUGAGCUAAAAAUUUAUGUAGUCAAAGCUGAACUAUAAGACAUAAUAAAUUUGAGUCUCGUA